GACUCCCGUCAAAGGUUCCGCGAGCGAACGCCGGGGGCUUGGGAAGUGUGUUCAUUGCGUCUGCGCAUCACGCUGACGUUCCCACGCUCACCGCGCAGGAAGCCCGCGACACUCACGAUUGGACGAGAAGGGGGGUUGCUACGCUUUUGCCUCCGUUUCCGGUCCGAGAGCAAUUAAUUUGUGGUCUUUCCCAAAAGUGGAUGGAGUGGUGAGCGACCUUAGCCUCGGUGCUAUUGCCCUGUCCUGCACUCACCCCGCCACUGGGGUUUGGCGGCUGGGUCACAGGGGACGUCGCUCGGGCAGGGCCCUCGGCCCCUGCCAUGGAUGAAAGUGGUUCCCGCAUCCGCCGGCGGGUGUCUGCCGGCAAAAGGAACCGUCCUAGCCUAGAGAUUCUUUUUGCCGCCCCUGCCGCGGCCGAGCUCAAGCCAGACGAUGAGGAGGACGAGGAGCUGGUGGCUGGGAGCCCGCGACGGAAAACUGUGGGUGUGCAACCAGUGGAGAAUAAUGAUAGUGAAGAGGACAUGUUUGGUGACUAUGAUAGCUUUGCUGAAAAUUCUUUAUUAGCUCAAGUUGAUGACCUGGAACAAAAAUAUAUGCAACUUCCUGAAAAUAGAAAACAUGAUACAGACCUUGCCAUUGAAGAUCUUUGUUCAGAAAGCAUCAGAUAUAGCAAACUCAGCGUUACUACUGUAGGCAGCUUUACUGAAUUAAAAACAGAUGAGCACACAAAGAACCAGAGCGGGCAUGAAGAUGUCUCUAUUAAACCUGGAGCUGAUCUUUUGUAUGACUUGCCUUCUUCACAGGUUUUAUACUUUGAAAAUUUGCAGAACUAUUCAAAUGAUUUGGGAGAUCCGUCUACUAAAGAGAAGGAUUGGAACUUGCCCUCUCACAAGACUAUGAAUAAGCAGUUGCCCCAAAAUAGCAUAGAGCAACCCCAGCAAAUUGAUGAGUCCUCUUCUAAAGUCAGAACUAAUUCAGAUGUGAAUAGGAGAAAAAGUCUUAAAGAUCAUCUAAAAAGUACCAUGACUGGAAAUGCAAAGGCCCAAACACCAAUAUUUUCUAGGACUAAACAGCUCAAAGAGACUCUCCUAUGUGAAGAAAUUAAUGUUGCUAAGAAGACAAUUGAGUCAUCAUCAAAUGAUCUUGGUCCUUUUUAUUCAUUACCCAGCAAAGUGAGAGACCUUUAUGUUCAGUUCAAAGGAAUUGAAAAAUUAUAUGGUAAUGCAUUUUGCUGAGAUGAAAA